GCUGUCACACACAGUGGGAAUCACACAUACACACACGCACACACAUUCACUUACGAAUGUAACAGUAAAGACACUUAGACAAAAACAAUGCCUGAAAAAGGAGACGAGGCUUCCCACAGAAGCCCGUUGGUUACGUUAAAUAACCAGUAUCAGCGCUUUCUUUCAUUUUAAAAGACCACUUCAUAAAGGGCAUAUGUUUUUUCAUAUUCUUGGUACAUUUUGAAGGGCACAUAGACGUAAUUCUGCGAGCUUGCCGUUUCAUGUUUUUUUAAACGCCUAUUAUGUAUUUAUUAAUCACGAUAUCAGACAGGGAUAACUGGCGUCAUUGUUGAGAUGAUUGUUAGCUAGCGUAAUUAGCUACCAACGGCAACAUUGGGUUCAUAUUGCUGGAGUAGGACGUUUCGUCAUGAUAUAAAACAGAAAGGAAGGAAGGAUUUUUUUAGCCCUCGUCUGUUGUAGUCUACUGCCGUUUUCCUGAUGAUGGUCUGGAUACUUUUUCGUUUGAGGAAGAAACAAGAUGUGAGGACAUUUUAAAUCGAAACUGAAAUUUUAACUUUAGCCUAUCUUGUACGAAAUCCAUCGCUCAUUUUGUACAGUUGGAAACAACCUUCGAUAUAUAGCCUAGCUACUUUAGUAUGCAGUCUUAUUUUAAAAACGAGGAUGGAAACAUUGCUGUUCUCCGUUGCCUCUUGUGUGCUACACACUGUCAGAGUAUGGCGGUGGUAAGAAAGAAAUACUAUAAAUAACCAUUACAAUUCGCAAACUAUCACAACUGGUGCAUAAGGUUGUGGUGCAAGCGGUUUUGAUUUUUUAACUCUUUCUUGUAUUUAAGAAACAUCAGUACGUAUCCGUAUCCGUUUUAUAUAGAUAUUUAGACUAUAACUCUACCAUUCUAUCUAUUGAAUAACAUCGUUCACCUCUGACUGACUCCAGUCAUUUGACACUUGUCGUAUGUGUUAAUUUUCAAUAUAAUGAUGAGAAUCAUUUCCAUAUUGCCAGACUAAAACUGCGCUUUCGUACAUUAAGUUCUGGAAUCCGGGCGAUUCCACGUUCAUUAUCGAUACAUUUUUAAUUAAAAUUGAUUUUCGCAUUAGAAGAAAGGAAUACAUCGUUUGGAUUAAACUGUUAUUUAAUCAAUAUAAUAACCGAAGAGACUGGCGUGGCUACAGUGUGACAUUUUCUGCUGGAUGCAGCCUAUUAAACCGAGGAUCUGUUUUCUUUUUGUGCGUGUUUAGUAGGCUAAUGAUUUGAUUCGGACACCCAUGACCUGGAUUCCAUGAUUAUUCGCAUCUCCUAAUAGCCUACGUUUGGAUUUACAACAUAACAUCACAGUUUUCUUUGGAGUUCAUGUCGUAAACGUUGAAGACAAAGGUUGUAAGUGAUAGCUCGUUAUUUUAAGCCCUCCAUCACAGUUUGGAUUCAGCGCGUCUUGGGGUAACAUUUAAUCGUCCCGCAAAAUCAAUUCAUUAUUGAUACAUUUUCCUUGGGGAGCAGGGGUGGGGGAUUUAAUUUUAAAUCGCGCCCCUGUUCUUGCUGUCAGUAAUUUGAGUAUUGUCAGCGUAUGGCGUGGAUUUCUUGAAAAGGAACUUUACAACGGCACGGUCUUGGUACCGACCCAGGAUUUCGACAUGCCCAGCACUGACGACCCCGGACGAUUAUGACUGCAGCAGCGAAUUGGGUGGCUAACGGGGCGAGCCUUGAAGACUGCCACUCCAACCUCUUCUCCCUGGCGGAGCUCACUGGAAUCAAAUGGCGGCGCUAUAGAUUCCGAGGUGGUGGUGAAUGCGGGCCUGUGAUUUCGGCGCCGGCUCAGGAUGAUCCUAUCCUGCGCAGCUUCACCCGGUGCGUGAAGGCCAACCUGCUCUGCGUGUGGCGGCGCGAUGCGAAACCCGAUGGCAAGGAGCUGUGGAUCUUCUGGUGGGGGGAGGAGCCGAACCUGGCCGACAUUAUCCACAAUGAACUGGAGGAGCCGGAAGAAGGGGUAUGGGAGAGUGGAUUAACAUACGAACGCAGGACAUUGCUCUUCAAGGCCAUCCACAACUUGCUCGAGAGAUGUCUGAUGGAAAAGGACUUCGUGCGGAUUGGGAAGUGGUUUGUCAAGCCCUACGAGCCAGAAGAGAAGAACCUCAGUACGAGUGAGCACCUGUCCUGUGCCUUUACCUUCUUCCUGCAUGGAGAGAGCAAUGUUUGCACCAGUGUGGAGAUUGCUCAGCACCAGCCAGCCUACCGCGUCAAUGAGGAUCACAUCACCCUGGCCCAGACCUCCUCCACCCCUGUGCGAGUGAUCCUGAGCCCUUAUGGAUUGGCUGGGACCUUGACAGGCCAAGCCUACAAGAUGAGUGAGCCUGCAGUGCGCAAGCUGAUGGAGGAGUGGAGCCACUUCUACCCCACAGUGCUGAGGCUUCGAGAGGAUGAGCGCCAGGACGGAGACCCCAGCUAUGACCCCCACAGCCACGUGGCUGUUGAGGUCAUCGUAGGUGGUGUGAGAAUGAUAUACCCAGCAGCCUUUGUGCUCAUUGCCCAGAGUGACCUGCCAAUGGAGCAGGUCCCUUUGGCUCCUGGGGCCCAAGGGAUUAGCAGGGACCCCUCCAACUGCAGCAUUCCACUCACUCCUCCCUCAUCACCUGAGCAGCCCUGUACAGGUGACAGCGGUUUCCAAACUUUAGUCUCAAGCAUCCCUGGACAGGAGAGUGGCAUGGUGGCCACCAGCCCUAGCCCAAAGCAUUCUGGGAAGAAACUGACUAGCCAGGUGGUGCACCAGGCCUGGAAAGAGUGCUACCUGAGCCAGACGCAACACAUGCACAGUCUGUCCGGCAUUAUGACCCCAGAGGAGGAGAUGCCAAACAGGGCACCAGCAUGGGACUUCAUUGACCCGGCAGAGAGAGCAUCUUGCAGCUGCUCCAGGUUAAAGCAGCACAAGCAGCAGCGACAGACAAAUGUGGCAGGCCGCCCCGCUUCAAACCCCCAGCUUGGUGGCAAUGCUGCAACCAUGGUCACACCCUCACUACCCCCGCCAGCCCCACCAAAGCACAAAGCAGCUGAAAAGCCAGACAAGCAGCCCAAAAGACCAGCCAUGAUACCCUUCCAUCACAGACUUUCUGUGGAUCCGGAGGCUUGCAUUGAGCCAGAGUCUGCUGGGGCCCAGAAACUGGGACUAGUGGUGCUGGAGACCCCUCUAGAUGUGUUGCCUACCUGCAAGUAUCCCAAGCCCCACCCUACAAGUGAAAAACCCCCAGAGUCGCCCAUCCAAUCUCCUGUCUCCCCUUUGCCCCCCACUCUAAGCCCUCACCCGCGGGUACAGGAACAUGAGUUGCUGGAGCCCCCCAUAGGUCUGCCACCUUGUCCAGAGAUACCCAUGGGUCCACGGUUAUCAGAGCCCAGUGAGACGGCACUGUACAUGGCAUCCCUCCCUCCCGUGGAGGCUGCGGGUGGGUGGUGGAAGGGUUACAAGGCCCCUAGCAUGGUGAAUCCUGAAUUCCGGCCCCCAGAGCUACAGAGUGAUCGAGUGGAGAAUAAGGCCGAGGCGACCAAUGAGGGGGCUACAUUGAAGAGGCUGUUCAUGCAAACCCACAAACGCUUCAAGAUCUCAGAGGAGAGGGUGAAAGAACACAUUCGCACUCUGGGCCUCCUGCAACAACCAGGGGCAGAGGGGUUGACCGACUCCAGCGAUGAUCCCUAUGCCUUCAAAGAAGGGGAAUUUGAGUACAGCUUCUCUACUUCCAAGAGACUUAAGGGGCAGCAGAGGGAGCCUGGAAGGAAAAUUAAGGGAGACACCAUAACCACAAGUAGCUCUGGAGCAGUACCUGAUGGGAAAGAUGCCAUGUCCAUUUUCAGCACAGCACCAAAAUCUGAGGAAUCUCAACAGGAUGGUGCGGCAGCCAAGGCCAACCCACCCCUGACCAGGGAGACAGAUCUAGUGGUCCUCAUCUCUGACCUGGAGAACAUCUUUGACAACUCAGAUGAAGAUGAACUAGGGGCAAUGGCUCUUCAUCAGCAAACACCCAAGGCCCCUCCUGUUGGGGCCGAAGAUCGGCCCCUGGGAAAGGAUGGCAGGACUGCCGUGCCAUAUCCUCCAACAGUUGCAGAUCUCCAGCGCAUGUUCCCCACUCCGCCCUCCCUUGAGCAGCACCUGGCUUUCUCUCCUGUCAUGACUUACCGAGACACGCUCAGCCAGGAGCCCCCGACCCCUGCAGCCAACACAGACCAUUCUCUGGGGCCCCUGGUCACCUCCCAGCUCACUGAAUUCAGAAUGGAGGUGGAAGAGGGCAUGGCCAGCCCAAAGGCAGAGAACGUCAAGGACUUCUCAUUUGUGUAUCGUGUUCCUGCUGUUCAACCACACAUUGGCUGCUCCAUGUUUGCUCCACUUCGAGCCCUGCCUAGUCAAUACUUGCCCCCCCUGAGGAUUCCAGACAACUGUUACUAUCGGCCAUCCUGGGCCCUUCCCCCCAAGAUGGAGCAACUGCAUCUCCCCCCUCAGUUACCCUUCACCCGGGAUGGUUACAUAAAUGUGCCAAGUGUCAACAGCCUGCUAGACCAGGACUAUGCCCAGAUGAGUACCCCUCAGAUGGGCACACCGGUCGCCGUCCACAGUGCCGCUUCAACGGGCAACACCGGUGGGGGUGGUGUACUGCCCUCUACUUCUCCUGCCACCCCCCGCUUCUCUGUGCCCACUCCUCGGACCCCCCGGACCCCCAGGGGAACAGGAGUGACAGGGAGUGGGCAGGGGUCCGUCAAGCAAGACGGCACCGAGCUUAGCUCGCCGGCAUCCUCCACCCCCACCACCAGCCGGCUUGGCCUGAGCUCCGUAGAGCCCCUUGCCCCGCCCGCCCUUCCCGAAGCCCACAGCCUGUACGCCGUUCUGCUCCUCUCCGACUCGGUGCUGGAUGUCUUCAAAGACCGCAACUUCGACAGCUGCUGCAUCUGCGCCUGCAACAUGAAUGUGAAGGGCGCAGACGUGGGCCUGUACAUCCCCGACUCCAGCCGCGAGGACCAGUACCGCUGCAUGUGCGGCUUCAGCGCCAUCGUCAACCGCCGGCUGGCCCACGGCACCGGCCUGUUCCUAGAGGACGAGCUGGACAUCUUCGGCCGGGGUUCGGAGGUGGGGCAGGCGGCGGAGCGGCGCUUGGCUCUCUGCCGCAGGACGGCCCCCAUCGCCGAUCCCUCCGCCGACGUGCUGGUGCUCCUGCAGGAGCAGUGCUCCCGGCCCAUCUCCUUGCUCGCCUCCCUCCAGCGGACACCUUCCUGUUCCUGCCGCGGCCGCCAGGAGGCGCUGCUGCAGAACUGGAUGGCUGAUAAGCUGUGGGCGGACAGCAGCGACGCGUGCGCCGAGUGCUACAAUGCCCUGGUGCAAGGCCAGCAAUACGUGGACAAUCCAGCAGGGGGCAAGGUGGACCCAGUCGUUGUGAGAAGCACUGCACUGCACAGUUGGCCACACGCAAACGUGCUGGACAUCAGCAUGCUGUCCUCCCAGGAUGUGGUCAGAAUGCUGCUUUCUCUCCAGCCCUUCCUCCAGGAUGCCAUCCAAAAGAAGCGAACGGGCCGAACUUGGGAGAACAUCCAGCACGUUCAGGGCCCGCUCACCUGGCAACAAUUUCACAAGAUGGCUGGACGGGGCUCCUACGGCUCAGAGGAGUCUCCUGAGCCCCUCCCCAUACCUACCUUGUUGCUGGGGUACGACCGGGACUUCCUCGCAUUGUCUCCGCUGGCCCUGCCCUUCUGGGAGAAAUUGCUUCUAGAACCAUACGGAGGACAACGGGAUGUUGCCUUCCUGGUGAUCUGCCCUGACAACGAGGCCCUCCUGGCUGGGGCACGAGUCUUCUUCCGGGAGCUCAGUGCCGUGUACGAGACCUGUCGGUUGGGAAAACACAGACCCCUGGCCAAGGUGUCCCAGGAUGGGAUGGUCCUGGUUGGUGCGCUGGAAACCCAGGAAGUGACAGAAGACCUGGUGGAUCAGUGGCUCUCUGAGCCGUGGACUGGCCAGCAGCAGGAUAAUAAUCUCACUAAGUUGAAGUGCUAUGCCCAUGUCUGCAAGCAGCUGGUUCCACAGUUGGCCGCGCUUCCGCUCGACAGCAGUGUGCUCCUGCCCUUUAAACCUCAGCCCCCUCUGUCCCCCGCGCCCGCAUCCCAGCCGGCCCCCGGCGGCCAGCCACCUGUUACGGUCUCGGCCCCUGACAGCAGUGCAUCGGCACAGGGGACUGGGGCCACCCCCAUGCCCUCUGGGUCUACACCGGGCCAGCAAGGUGGAGCAGACAUGCCACAGGGGGGCAGCGCAGAAUCUGAGAGCACUGCCUGCCCAGUGCAACCCCCUGAUUCAUCUGCUGAAAACCCAGAGAGCUCUGCGGACCGGGAGCGCAUCGGCAUCCCGACUGAGGCAGAAGCAGCGGACAGUCACGCCCACCCGCCGGCUAUCGUGAUCUACAUGGUGGACCCGUUUCUUCGCGCCGACGGCAGCAGCCGGGAGGAGGAGGAGGAGGAGGGGGAGGGGGUGGAGCCGGACAGCGUGUGGCUGCUGGGGCUUCUGCGCUGCUACACGGAGCUGCUGCGCACCCUGCCCGCCGUCCUGCAGCCCGCCAUUGUCCUGCAGGUGGUGCCUUGUCAGUACCUGCUGCAGCUGGCCUGUGGGGAGAGCCCGAUGUACCUGCAGCACCUGCGCUCCCUGGCGUUCUCAGCGUACUCCCAGUGCCGACGCCUGCUGCCCACCCAGACGCACAUAAAGUCUCUGACAGGCUUUGGGCCCGCCUCCGAUGUCAACACCACCCUCAAGGCCUCAGAGAACCCCAGCUCUCUGCAGCUAUACUCCCCGACCUUCAUCCUUGGCCCCACGCGCACUAAGCAGCUGGAGAUGGGAGAGGCCUGGGGGGAGGCCACCCCACGCUAUGGCGUGCUCUUUGUGGGCUACUGCCUCUCCCACGACCAGCGCUGGAUCCUUGUGUCCUGCACUGACCAGCAGGGGGAGCUGCUGGAAACCUGUGUCAUUAACAUUGACGUGCCAAACCGGGCACGAAGGCCAAAGGUCUCACCUCGGAAGAUGGGCUUGCAGAAAGUAUGGGAGUGGUGCAUUGGCAUCAUUCAGAUGACCUCGUUACCAUGGAGAAUUGUGAUUGGCCGACUGGGCCGACUGGGUCACGGGGAGCUGAAGGACUGGAGCGUUCUUCUGGGGGAGCACUCCCUCCACUCCAUCAGUCGGCAGCUGCGCGACGUGUGCCGGAUGUGUGGCAUCUCUGCCAGCGACUCGCCCUCCAUCCUCAGUGCCUGCCUCGUUGCCAUGGAGCCCCAGGGCUCCUUUGUGGUUAUGCCCGACGCGGUGACGAUGGGCUCCGUCUUUGGUCGCAGCACAGUCCUGAACCUACAGACCUCGCAGCUCAACACCCCACAGGACGCCUCCUGCACACACAUCCUGGUCUUCCCCACAUCUGCCACCACACAGGUGGCCCCUGGCACCUAUCCCACUGAGGAUAACCCAGAUGACAUGUUUGACCUCCCUUUCCCCGACGAGCUUGAGAACGACAUUGGGAAUGACAUGAUGCUGAUCACAGGGAAUCUCCCCCCCUUCCCAAACACAUCCCCUGUGCCCUCUCCCGGCUCCCCAUCUGGCAUGGGAGGGGGGGCUCACUUCCAGCACGCCCGGAGUCAGGGAGAGAGGCUUCUGUCCAGAGAGGCCCCAGAAGAGCUCAAACAGCAACCCUUAGCUCUGGGAUACUACGUGUCCACUGCCCGUGCCGAUGACCUACCGCAGUGGUUCUGGGCCUCCUGUCCGCAGGCACAGAAUCAGUGUCCACUCUUCCUGAAGGCGUCUCUCCAUCACCACAUCUCCAUCACUCAGACUGAUGACCUCCUAUCCAGCAAGGCCUCACAAAGAAGCCCCCAUCCUCUGGACUCCAAGACCACCUCUGACGUGCUACGGUUUGUUUUGGAGCAGUACAACGCCCUCUCCUGGCUGACGUGCAGCCCUGCCUCGCAGGACCGCCGCUCCUGUCUGCCUGUUCACCUGGCCGUUCUCACACAGAUGUACAACGCAAUCCUGAAAAUGCUGUAGAGUUUGGUGAACUGAUCCCACUGAUCAAACUGUGUGGGGGCACUAGUAGGGACAAGUACAAAGAAAUCACUUCUUUCCACUUAGAGCCAGAUGCAUUGGGCUAAAGUUUUUAUCCUGGUGAUCUACAGUAUUCUCACAAUACCCUCAGGCGAGGCUGUCUUGACAUAUUCUGAACCAAUGAGUUGGCGAAGAAGACGACUGUUAUCAUGACGGUCUGGCAGUGGUUUGACCUGCUUGGCAGGGAUGUCAGGGUGCAGGACUGUGGGUCAGUCCUUCAACUGUAUCAGCAUGGCAUUGGUACAUCUGAGCUGGCUUUCUGCUGCCUCAUGUUGCUUCAGUGCCAUGCAGGCCCCUCCAUUACACAUUACUAAUAGGCUUUGUGGUCAGCCGACAGUCCUGUUUCACUUGUGCCAAUUUCACAGUCCAGGCCUUCAAGGACAGCCAGAGAUGCAAGAAACCAUUCACCUUGAUGGUAGCUGCUUUUCCUCCUAUGAGCCAUGUCAGGGCUUGCCAAAGCUUGAUCUUACAAAUGCUAGUAGCCCCCUGAAGGCAGCACAGGCAAAGGUUCCCUUGGUUUCCUGACCUCAGGACACCUCAGACUUUUUGGUUGCCAAAAUCAAACCAGGUCCUGCUUAGGGGUCUCAUUUAUAAAAUUGUCAAAGAUCAAAUUGUAUUUUGAGUAGAGGCUUACGCAGAAAACCAUGACUAAGUGUUAUUCAUAAAAUCCCACUUUGACAUGUAUAUGAUUGUACCUCUGUAAAAUUUGCACUAAACAUACUGGAAGUUAAUUACCUGCUGGUUCUGUGGAGGUUCUAUAGCUAUACACAAAUCCCUAAAGUGGGUUGUGUGCUUUAAGAAUAACAUUUACCUGAUUUAAUUUUAGGCAUGAAGACGGCAAGAAUCAUGAACAACCCCACAUAAAAUGCCAUAUAAAAAGUGUUAUAUUAUCAGGCACACACAAAAGCAGUUCCCUCUCCUUUGAAUUCCCUGGUGUUACAGGUGCUGUGGACUGCACGUGUUGCCAUACAGGCACUGUCUGUAAAUUGAAGAUUUAUAUCGGACAUGUGCGUAUAUGCAGAUACACUAAUUUAAAUAAACUUCUUUCAGUCUCAGUUAUUUUUAUAAAUAAAACAUAAGCUCAACUUGGGAAAUGAAUUUCAAAUUUAAAUUAAGUUUAAAUACAAGAACAUUUUUAUAAAUGAGACCCCAGAUCUAUUAUGCAGUAGAAGAUUUGUAUAUGAAGAGAAGCCAGAUGCAAGUCAGGUAAUUAGUCGAUUAAAUACAAGAGAUUUGAACAUCCGUAGGUACAUUCAAUCAGUAUUAUGUCUCUUCUUUUGUUAGAAAAACAUAAAAAUGUUCUUACUAUAGUAUUAGCUAUGAAUAGCUUUGGAUGGUUAUACUAUUAUAAAAACUGUUAUAUUUCCACUUAAUAGUUAACCAACUUUUUGCAAUACGGCAAGCUGUCUGUAUACACAGAAUAUCGAUUUCCAAAAUGCAAACAAUAACCCUGAGAAGAAAAAAAAAAAACACACACACCCAUAGCCUUGUUGAUAGGACAGCCCGUGAGUUCAGGGAAAUGGCAUUAAACACAUAUAUAGUGGCUCCCCUGAGGUCUGAAAAGACACUGACAAGCCCUUGCAUGGCCCAAUGUUAGAAAAGAAGCCAACACAUAAGUCACAUGAUGAAUGGCAAAGUAUUUACUGGUUGUGUCAAGAUGCUGGUCUUCUGAUUUAUUUUCCCUGUAAAAAUGCAUAGCUCCAAAAAUGCUGUUAAAACAGUAUUCAGUACACAUAUCAGUGUAUGUGCAUCACAUAGCCUCAACAUCACACCUUGGUUCACAAUUUAUUGGCCCUUUCCCUUGUUUUUUUAACAGGUAAAAUGGGCUGUGGCGGCCAUUGUGAAAACAUAUUGUGUUCUCCCUUGUGACCCUUUUGUGAAGUGAAAACAUGUAUAAGGAUAUAAAAACUUGACUGUAGUCUAUCUUAGGAAACACAGCCAUGGAAUUCUGAGUUUGGUUACUGCCAUAGGCCUAUUCACUAAGAGGAUGACUCAGUGACCUUACAGUGUACUAAAACCGCACUCUGCAGGCCCAGAGACACACAUUGCACUGACCAUAAUUCAUGAUAAGGGCAACAUUAUGAGACAUGCAGGCGCAUACUCACUCCAGCCGAGAGGGAUGAAGUGUGCAACCAGGAUAGAACCCAUGUCUGUACUGAUGCACAAAAUCCAGUUCCCUGAUAGUCCAUGAAGCCACUGAGAUGCAUUGUUUUUUUUUCUUUUUCACAAUGACAUUUUGUCUUUUUUCUAUUUAACUGUACCGUCAUCAUGACAUUGUUUGCUAACAGCACUCAAUUUUGUGGUGACAUCUGUCGGAGGGUGAGGAACUAAGACAUCCCAUAAAGACACUUUUUACUUUCUUUUUUAUUGUUGUAGAUAGAAACAUGAUGGAGACAAAUGUAAGUGAUAAAAUUAAACAAAAACAAAUGAA